GCGAAAGUGAAAUUGAAAUAACCCUGACCGGUACUUUGGGUUGGUCCUUGAACCGAUGAACUUGUUUAUUAAAGAAAGGAUAACUACCGUGCCUGACAUUUCCUUUAAUUAAAAAACUCUUGCACACUGUCCAGACAAAAAUGCCAUCUGCUUUAGUAUUUCUUGCUGAAGGAGCAGAAGAAAUGGAAACAGUAAUUACUGUGGAUAUUCUUCGCCGUUGUGAGAUUGAUGUGGUUCUUGCUGGACUGCAUGGUAAUAGCCCAGUAAACUGCAGCAGAAAUGUGAAACUGGUGCCUGAUAUGAGCUUGAAAGAUGCACUUGCAGCUAAGCAGUAUGACAUCCUUAUCUGUCCUGGUGGAGGAACCGGUGCUGAAAAUUUGUGUAAAUCUAAAGAAGUUGGCGAGGCUUUAAAAGACCAAGAGAAGAAAGGAGGCUAUGUAGCUGCUGUCUGUGCAGCUCCUACUGCAUUUCUGGCUCAUGGCAUUGGCAAAGGGAAAAAACUCACAUCAUACCCUAGUUUUGCAGAUAAACUCAAAGGAGACUAUAAGUAUUCAGAAGACAGGGUUGUUGUUGAUGGGAAAAUGAUCACAAGUCGUGGACCUGGCACUUGUUUUGAGUUUGCCCUCGCUAUUGUGGAACAGCUUAAGGGAAAAGAAAAGGCACAGUCACUGAUUAAGCCACUGCUUCUUAAGAUCUGAAUUGUUCAGUUUCUUUUUUAAACCUUGUCUUACAAAAAAUUUGAUCUUAUUUUCUUUUGAGAUACUGAUGAAACGUUUACUGUUUCAUAUCCAUCAGAUCCCCAAAUUAAUAGCUUGAAUAGCUUGCCUUAUUUUUACAUUAACUUUGUGUUAUGUGUUAAAUUUUUUCUUUGGGAUAAAUAAUGUUUAUUACACAAACAGUUUGCAGAAAAUAAUUAAACAGUCCCUAUGAUGUCUCACCGAGUUUCUGGUUUUACUGUGAAUAUCAACUAAAAAUGUACCUUUUUUCUAAAUAUUAGAAAUUGUUACUAGAAUAUUGUAUUUUAAUAUUCAGUUUUUCAUAGGAAAAUUCACAAACAAAAUCUUACUAAUAAACAACUGUUUAGUUACAUUACAUUCACACUAUAUUUAUUUAUCCUAACCAACCCUUUUAACAUUUAGAUGAUUAAAAAUGUUAUCUACCAAUUCAACAAAGUAUUUCAAAAGAAACUUAAAAAUAUGGACAUAAAUAUUGAAAAUGUUAAUGUCCUAGCUUAACCUCCUAUGAUAAAUUCAUUGAACUUUGGUGUUCUAACCCAACAUCAAUUUUUGAAGAUUUCUUUUUCUUAUUAUAAUGUAUUAUAAUAAUGAUGUUACUUUUGUGUUUUACAAUGGUUUUAUCAUGUAAUGGAAUUUUAAGAAAUAAAAUUCUGUGAGCA